AUGUCCUCCCCACUUCCGUCGGACGGGAGCGGCGGCAUCCUGCAUGCCGGCAGUUCGGGCAGGGCACCGGUCGAGACGACGGGGCCGGCGGUCGAGAUUUCUGGCUGGUUUCUGGUCGCCAUCUCUGGCCUGUUCCUCGGCCUGCGUGUCUACUGCAAGCACCUCAAGCACAGGGGUCUGUGGUGGGACGAUUGGAUCCUGACAACCGCGUGGCUCGCUCUUCUCGCAGACGCCAUUGUCAAUACGAUAUGCAAACCGCUCGGGCUGGGUAUGCACCUUCGCGAUAUCGACCCGGACAAUCUUUCGACUCUUGCCUUCCUGGGCUACCUGGGCGCGUCGUUUUCCAUGCUUGGUGCUGUUUGGAGCAAAACUUCUUUUGCUUUGACUUUGCUCCGCAUCGCAACCAGCAAGAAGAUGAAGGUCGCGGUGUGGUCCAUCAUACUGACCAUGAACUUGACUAUGACCACCAACGUAAUAUUAAACUGGGUCCAGUGCAAUCCCAUCCCCAGGGGCUGGAACAUGGCUAUCCCUGGAUCUUGUUGGGACCCAAAGAUCAACGCGUACUACGGCGUCUUUGCCGGAGUCUACUCGGGCCUUAUGGAUAUUGUCCUGAGCAUUAUCCCCUGGGCCAUAGUAUGGAAUCUACAAAUGAAGAGGAAGGAAAAGAUCGGGGUGGCCGUCGCCAUGAGCAUGGGAGUCUUUGCUGGCUCUGCGGCCUUUGUAAAGUCGUCCAAGAUCCUCCUGGUGCUGGACGGCGACUUCACAUACGAGGGGUACAACCUCAUCAUAUGGGGAAACGUCGAGGUGGCCGUUGCCAUCAUGGCCGCCUCGGUUCCCGUGUUGCGCGUACUCGUCCGCGAGGUGCGCAUCGCAACACGGCGGAGAUACGGCCAGGGCGCAGAGUCGGCGAGCGACGACACAACCUUUCACAAGAAAAACUUUGGUGGCGGCACGCUUCACCGGUCCAGCACCGUCAUGGUGACCGCCGGACACCAGGACCGGCUCCUCGACUCGAGCAGCUCCUCCAGUUCGAUCAACUGGGAAAUACCGCAUAUUCUGGACCCCCAGAAGGCUGUGCCGGGGAGAAUCUUGCAGACGCAGGAGAUUACUGUUCAGUAUCACGAGCGUGAUGUUACGGACACGGCAGGUCGGAUGGUAUAG